GAGCUUCACAAUCGCGCAAAUCAUCGUCUCUCUUUAAAACCCUCCGCCGCCGGUUCUGUUGCACAACGUCUGGUUCCGCCGCUGCCACCGUCGUCUCCGGUGUCUUCGUGGGAUUAAUUUGUAGCGGUUAGCCUUCUUGCUGUGUAGAAAAUGGCUCUAGAACUUUUUGAUGGCAGUGAUUCAGAGAAUGAUGACAUCUCAAAAAUCAAGAUAAACAAGGAGUAUGCUCGUAGGUUUGAACACAACAAGAAGCGGGAGGACCUCCAGCGUUUUGAGGAAUUAAAAAAGAAGGGUGUUAUUGAUUCACCUUCACCGUCACAGUCUGAAGAUGAGGAAGAAUCUGAGUCUGUGUCAUCUGAAGAUGAUGACCAUGAGAAUCUUUUCAGUUCUAGGAGUGACAAGGAGUUCUUUGAUGCCUUGCUUAAGGUCAAGAAGCAAGAUCCUAUUCUUAAGCAAAAAGAUGUUAAGCUUUUUGUAUCUGAUGAUAGUAGUGACGACGGAAGUGAUGAAAAGGAGAAAGUUAAAUCAAAGGAUAAGAAGGGUGAAAAACCAAUGUAUUUGAAGGAUGUGAUGGCAAAGCAUUUGAUUGAGGAGGGCCCAGAUUUUGGUGAUAAAGAGGAGGAAAUAGAUGAAAAGGAGAAACAUAAAUUAGAAAUUAGUAAGGGUAAGAAGGUAAUGCCUGCCAAGGAUAGGGAUUUUGUGAAUAAGGAUGGGAAGAAGACUUAUGGCGAUGAGCAAGAGGAGUUGAAAAGGGCUUUUCUCAAAGCCGUAGAAAAAGAGGGCUUGGAAGAUGGUGAAGGGGAAUUUUUCUCUGUGAAGGAUAAGGUAGGUGAUGAGGACAAAGUAGAUAGUGAUGACAAGGAAUUUGAGGAGAAACUGGAUGAGUAUUUUGGUGGAGAUGUAGAAUUGAACGAAAGUUCUAAGUUUCUAAGAAGCUAUUUCAUGAACAAGAUGUGGAUUGACAAGAGUGGGGGGAAUUUGAAUGUUGGUGAGGAGGAAUUGCAAGAUAUUUCAGAGGAUGAGAUGGAGAUUGAGAGACAGGAAGAAUACGAAUAUAGGUUUCAGGAAAAUCAUGGGGAUAGAGUGUUGGGUCAUGCUCGGAAGGUGGAGGGAUCAGUGAGGAAGAAGACUAAUCCAAGGAAAGAGCAGAGAAAGAGCAAAGAGGAGAGAUUGGCUAUAGCACAAAAGGAGAGGGAGGAGGAGUUGAAACAUUUAAAAAAUUUGAAGAAGCAGGAAAUACAGGAGAAGGUUAAAAAGAUAAUGGAGACUGCGGGGAUUCUUGAUGAUGAUAUUAUCCCAUUGUCUGUGGCCGAAAUUGAAGAGGAGUUUGACCCAAAGGAGUAUGAUAGAAUGAUGAAGGCGGCAUUUGAUGAUAAAUAUUAUAAUGCAGAGGAUGCUGACCCGGAUUUUUGUAGUGACGAUGAUGACAUUGAGAAGCCAGAUUUUGAAAAGGAGGAUGAACUACUUGGGCUUCCUAAAGGUUGGGAUGCAAGUGGAUCUAAUGAUGGUUUUUUGGCCGCAAGGGAAAAAGCAUUGAAAGAAAAGAUUGAGAGUGCUAGUGAUGAUGAUCUCCUGGAUAGAGAAGAUCAAAACGAAGAGAAAAUUCCUGUGGAAGGUAGUAGGAAGAGGAAGCGUAAGACAGCACUUUUGGAGAAAGCAAGACAGGCAAUGAUGGAUGAGUACUAUAAAUUAGAUUAUGAGGAUACAAUUGGGGACUUGAAGACAAGAUUUAAGUAUGCCAAAACAAAGCCAAAUAGAUUUGGCAUGAAUGCUUCUGAGAUACUGUUGAUGGAUGACAAAGAAUUGAAUCAAUAUGUUGCCUUGAAAAAGCUUGCUCCUUACCGGGAGGAAGAAUGGAAACUAAGCAAACAGAAAAGAUACAUGCUGAAGACAAGGACUAAGGAGCUCCUUCGUGCAGCAAGUUUGGAUAAGAAGAAAAGGAAGAAGUCGAGGGUUGAUUCUGGCAAGACAACUUCAUCAAAUAAUGUUGUGGAGAAUGAAAAAGCAAGCGCAGAAGAUUCAAAUAUUAAUACGGAUAAGCUAUCAAGGACAGCCAAGAGAAGGCGACAAAUGGCUACUUUAAAAUUAUCACAAUCAAGGCUUAAAGCAUAUGGGAAGAUACCCACAAAAUCUAAGCACGGAGGAAAGCAUUGAAAGCUAUGCAGAAGGAACCAACUAACCGAGGGACGUCUCUGAGAAGAGGAUUGGAGCUUAAUAUUGCAAAAUACAGUAUGCUGGAUGUGUUGGCCAAAUGAUUGUGCAGAAUACUGUGGAGAGAAGUUUUGCAUAUUUUGUUGUUUCUCCAAAUGAUUAGAGUCUAAGGAAUUUGUUAGUCCUAAACAAACUGUCAAUGGAACCAGCAAUUCAGUUUUGACCGAAAGGCGUGCUCGUCUGUAUUUUCAGUAUUGCAUUUAGAAUUAUGGAUCAAAACAAAAAUUAUAUUGCGUUUAAAAUUUGUGACUUAAUAUUGCUUAUCGUGC